GCGGAAUAUGUAUCUCAUCACGCACGCGCAUGAUGCAUGUGGCUGUGAUGAUGCGAGAUGGGACAUACACGUAAGGAAGAAAAUCCCAUGGCAUUCAGGUGUUGAGGAGUGGGAUGUGAUGGCAGUGGGGAAGAAGCUAUUCCUUGCGUUUGGAGGUUUUGGUGUGCGAUGAUCUACAGCGAUUGACGGAGGAGAGGAACCUGUGCAGGUGCCCUGACUCCACACUACUAUGUCAGUGGUAGCCCCACAGCAAUAAGCACACCAAGGUUAUGCAGCCCAUAAGUUCCGGCCUCAGUCCCAGCGAGAAGGAAAAGGGCUAAAGCCUGAGCCAGGUUUGAGGAGGCUCCAUAGCAGUGCAGAGCCCUACCCACUACUUCCACACCACAGCCACCACCACAGGUGCCCACCACAGCGGAGCAGGAGCCAUGAGUGACCCUCAAUCCCCCAUCCAUGCCAUGGACACAGUGGCGUCCAUCACUUACACCUCCGAGUCGCCGGCGGCGUCAUCGCGUGCCGGGAGUAGACACCAGAAGCAGCAGGACGAGGACGAUGGAGACCUGAACAAGGCCCUGGGGGUGCAGCGCUUCCAGCAGAUCCUCAGCCCCACUCCCGGCGUCACCGAUGAGCAGCACCGCGCUUGCCAUGAGGAGGACAUAGAGUAUCACCGCAGCUCCUCUCAUCACAUCCACCGGCCUCUGUCCAAGCUUCCUGGAGACAGCAAGAGAAAGAAGAAGAAGAGGAGGGGCCGUGAGCACAGCAGCAGCUCCGGGCCUGGUGUAGCGCUCUCUGUAGAGGAGGGUGAGGAGGAGGAUGAGGAAGAGGAGGAGGAAGAGGAGACCGCACGCAGCAAAGGCAGUGCUGCUCCAUCGACUGAGGAGGCCCAUGGGGUCCAAGAUGUGCAGUUCUUUGUGGCCUGUGACGACCCCGCUGAGGGGUCAGAGAGCGCCCACCCUAAUCAGGACAUCGCUAUGGUGCCCGCCUCCACAGAAGGCAUGGCUCGGCAAGAUUCCACGCCAACUGAGUCUCUUCCUGAAGCUCCCAGUGCCACUCCGAUAGCGAGGGUGUCCAGCAGAAGCUACGACCUGCAGGAGCGGCGGCGUAUCGGCAACAUGACGGGCACGGAGCAGGCAAAGUACGAGCGCAUCCCCACCGACGAGACGGAGGCACAAACGCUGGCCUCGGCCGACCUGGAUGGAAUCAAAAGUCACCGGUUCGAGGAUGUCCCGGGCAUGCGAAGACAUCUGGUGCGUAAGAGCACCAAGGGUCAGGUGGUCCACAUGGGCAAAGACCACAAGGAGUCCAGCACGCGCAGCAGCCGCAAACAACUGGACCGCACCCCACACGAGGUGUUUGUGGAGUUGAACGAGCUGAUCAUGGACAAGAACCAGGAGAUGCAGUGGAGGGAGACGGCUCGCUGGAUCAAGUUUGAGGAGGACGUGGAGGAGGAGACGGACCGCUGGGGCAAACCCCACGUGGCUUCCCUCUCAUUCCGCUCUCUUCUGGAGCUCCGCAAAACUAUAUCUCACGGUACCGUGCUCCUGGAUCUGGACCAGAAGACCCUCCCUGGCAUCGCCCACCAGGUGGUGGAGCAGAUGAUCAUCUCGGAUCAGAUCAAGGCAGAGGACCGCGCCAAUGUCCUGCGGGCACUCCUGCUCAAGCACAGCCAUCCGAGUGACGAGAAGGAGCACGCGUCUUUCCCGCGCAACAUUUCGGCGGCCAGCCUGGGGUCCCUGAUCUCCUCCCAUCACCACCACCACCACAGCAGCAGCAGCAACCACCACAUCUCCCAGCCGGAGCUGACCAUCACUGAGCCCCUCAUGACGGCUGGAGUCAACAACGAUGGCGAGCUCCGCAUCAGCAUUGACAAGAACGAGCCACACGCUCAGAAGGACUCGAUGCCAAUAGGAAUGCACAGGUCCAAAUCGAAGCAUGAACUCAAGCUGCUGGAGAAAAUUCCAGAAAAUGCAGAAGCAACAGUCGUACUUGUUGGUGCUGUGGACUUCCUGGAGCAGCCCACCAUGGCCUUUGUGCGACUGCAGGAGGCGGUCCAAUUGGACUCGGUUCUGGAGGUGCCGGUGCCCGUGCGCUUCCUCUUUGUGCUGCUGGGGCCUCCCAGCACCAACAUGGACUACCACCAGAUCGGCCGCUCCAUCUCAACACUCAUGUCUGAUAAGCAUUUCCACGAGGCUGCCUACCUGGCGGACGACAGGCAAGACCUUCUGAACGCCAUCAACAGCUUCCUGGACUGCAGCAUCGUGCUUCCGCCCUCGGAGGUGGGAGGCGAUGAGCUGCUGCGCUCGGUGGCGCGCUUCCAACGGGAGAUGCUGCGCAAGAGGGAGGAGCAGGAGGGGAAACUACUGGCCAAGGAAGUCAAGAGCCAAGAGGAGAAAGAGUCUCUCCUUGCUGCAGGCAAACCCGGAGAUGACCCACUGCAGCGCACAGGCCGGCCUUUCAGGGGCGUGAUCCGCGACGUCCGCCGCCGCUAUCCCAAGUACGUCAGCGACUUCCGCGACGCCCUGAACGCACAGUGCAUGGCCGCCGUCAUUUUCAUCUACUUUGCGGCCCUCUCGCCGGCCAUCACCUUCGGUGGCCUCCUGGGGGAGAAGACGGAGGGGCUGAUUGGCGUGUCGGAGCUCAUCGUUGCCACGGCGAUCCAAGGCGUGCUCUUCUGCCUCCUGGGGGCUCAGCCUCUCCUGGUGGUGGGCUUCUCUGGACCCCUGCUGGUGUUCGAGGAAGCCUUCUACUCAUUCUGCAAGUCGAACAAUAUAGAGUACCUCACAGGUCGGGUGUGGAUCGGCUUCUGGCUCAUCAUCAUCGUCCUCCUGGUUGUAGCCUUUGAGGGGAGCUUCUUGGUGCGCUUUGUGUCACGAUUCACACAGGAGAUUUUCUCAUUUCUCAUCUCCCUCAUCUUCAUCUAUGAGACCUUCUCCAAACUUGGCAAGAUAUUUCUUCAUCAUCCACUGAAGCGAUGCACAAUCAUCACAGACUACAACAGCACUUUUGGCAAUGAUACAGCUGAGCUUGCCACUACCGAUGCCCCUCCAGGCAAUCGCACUCUUCCCCUCGUGGUCAACGGAGAGCCCAACACCGCCUUGCUCUCUCUCGUCCUCAUGUCCGGGACGUUCUUCAUCGCCUUCUAUCUUCGCAAGUUUAAGAACAGCGCAUUUUUUCCUGGCAGGCUCCGCAGGGUGAUUGGUGAUUUUGGUGUCCCAAUUGCAAUCUUCAUUAUGGUGCUGGUGGACUACAGUAUUCAGGACACAUACACACAGAAAUUAAGUGUGCCCAGUGGCUUUUCUGUGACCAGCCCUGAGAAGCGUGGCUGGUUUGUGAAUCCGCUGGGCAUGGUGGACCCCUUCCCUAUCUGGAUGAUGGCCGCCAGUAUCCUGCCUGCCCUCCUGGUCUUCAUCCUCAUCUUCAUGGAGACCCAGAUCACUACCCUGAUCGUGAGUAAGAAGGAGCGGAUGUUGGUGAAGGGCUCCGGCUUCCACCUGGACCUGCUGGUCAUCGUGGCUCUGGGCGGCACGUCCGCCUUGUUCGGCCUGCCCUGGAUGGCGGCCGCCACCGUGCGCUCCGUCACUCACGUCAACGCCCUGACCGUCAUGAGCAAGGCGGUCGCCCCCGGAGACAAGCCACGCAUCCAGGAGGUGAAGGAGCAGAGGGUGACGGGGCUCCUGGUGGCUAUUCUCGUCGGUUUGUCCAUUGUGAUCAGUAAAGUCCUGCAGCAGAUCCCCAUAGCUGUUCUAUUUGGCAUCUUCCUGUACAUGGGAGUGAUGUCUCUGAACGGGAUCCAGCUGACCGAGCGCAUGUUGUUGCUGCUCAUGCCGCCCAAGUACCACCCCGACCACACCUACGUGCGGAAGGUCAAGACGCUGCGUAUGCACCUGUACACGGCGGUGCAGCUGGUUUGCCUGGCUGUGCUGUGGGCCGUCAUGUCCACUGCGGCCUCGUUGGCCUUCCCCUUCGUCCUCAUCCUCACUGUGCCCAUCAAGAUGUUCCUUCUCCCACGGAUCUUCACCUCCAGAGAAAUGCAAUGUCUGGAUGCCGACGAUGCAGAGCCCACAUUUGAUGAGCGGGAAGGUCAGGACGAGUACACAGAGAUGCACAUGCCAGUGUGAGCCAGUGCCAUGGAAGUAAGAGUUAGGCUAUGCCCAUUGACCUCCGCGUUUCAUUUUUACACAAAAUAUAGCGGCUCAAGGAGCCUUUGACACACCGAUCACCAUUGACAUAGUUCCAAAAAAUAGUUCCAGGAAGCGAGUGUCAAACACAGAAAGUCAAGUAAAGGUAAAUUUAAUUAAUUUCUAUUAAUUUCUACGUCAACUUUGCUUGCUAUGUAGUGCUUCUGUGUUAGUCUUGAGCAAAAAGAAGGCCGCUGCCAAGAAUUAUUCCAAUCCAUGUGAAUCAUGUCACCAACCGACUUCCUGUGCCCCGGUUGUCACAACUCUGAAUUCCAUGGCUCUGGUCUGAGCCACACUGUAUGUGCAUCAGGACAGCACAUAUCCAAUGGUGUCAAUCCCUCCACCUACACAAAUGUUUAAUCAGCCAACAAAGACAAGUGCCUUAGAGAGGUUUCUCAAUCAUUGCGACAUAAGAACAGAAAAAACAAACACACACAGACACUUGACACAAUACCACAAUACCACACACACCUGCUGCUGAACAACAUGGCGUAGAGGCCAGAUGGGUGUGAUUUUAAAAUGCGUUUUGUAAUAUUUAUUUUUGUAUGCAUCACUACACAGUUUUAAAGGGCUCAUAAGAAGAUGAUUACCAUGAAGUGUCUGCUGUACUGAAACAUCUGUGCAUGUCAUGAGUGUUUAAUGUAAACACACACACACACACACACACACACACACACACACACACACACACACACACACACACACACACACACACACACACACACACACACACACACACACACACACACACACACACGGCAAAUGAAGACAAAUGAAGCUACUCUCCUGUCGGAUGUUGACCACGUUGUAACUGAGAUCGUCCUUGGUUUUAUCAGUACAUGUAACAUUAUUGCACGUGUGUGCACUUGUGUAAGGUCAUCUCAUCACUGUGUUUAACAGUACUUAAUUCACCUGUGGACCAGCUUAAAGUAUCAUAAUCUGUCAUAUCGUUAAUUUUGCGUUUUUAUGUCCUAUCACUCCUUGGUGUUCAAAUGGUCUACCCGCUAAGAAACACAGUUGAUCAGUUUUGACCAAAUGGCUGUUACAGAGUCCCUAGUUAAUGGAGGUGUCAAAAGUAAAAGUAAAAGUGAAUUCACGGUGUAAGUACAACACUAGCACAUUACAGUAUAUGGCUGUUACACCAUUUACUCCUUUGUAUUUAAUGAGAGAUAGACAGUGGUGUUACUGAAAAACACUAAAACCUAACGAGGACCCACCACAAUCUUGAUCCAACCAGUGCAAAGUCAGCUGAUCGUAAGACAAGUACACAGGUCUACUGGUUACUCAGAUAAGUCACCUGUGUUGGAAAGGAACUGUUUUACUCUCGCUUUUGACACUUUUGCUGGUUAACUCUCUAAGUAUGAAAGUACGAGUCACAGUUGCACUUACUAAAGACCUACAGUACAGACCUAAUGCUGCCUAACCCCUUUGUCCCCUUUUAAAGAAGGCUGCUGUAAAUCCAGGACAGAUGUGCUUAACUUGUGUGUGGUGGUGUCAUGCUGUUCAACAUGAUUUGUAUGAAUAUGUGUUUAUGGGAGUAUUGAACAUAACACUUUCAUGGUGAGGUUGUCUACAAACUGUAGUGCAUGGGAAAUCUCCUGAAUUGUGCCAAUUUAUCAUUGCUUGUCCCUGUUGUUCGAUGACACACUUGAGUGGUCAUUCAGAAGAAUUAUGAAUUGGUCCAAAAGUUGAAAAGUUGUAGUUGUCACCUUGCUGACAUCUCUGACAUUUGGGGUAACUGACACAAAGGUUUUACCUGUGAGGGUUGUGGGUGGUUUGUCAGGCUGUCAUCAUGCUUUAGCGUAUGUAUCGCACGCUAGUGCAUUCAGCGUGUUGGUGCGACGCAUUUUGAAGUUAAAGCGUGCUCCUGAAUGCAACGGUAAAGCGCUUUCAUGCACUUUUGACACGUGACGAGGUUUGCGCAGUUUUCCCUCCGUGUCAGCGAUUUUGUUUUGUCACAGCGCAUUUCUGCAAAUAUGCUUUGCUGUGCCCUAACCAAAACCACCCCUAAACCUAACCUGUCAGUAAAGCAAUGUUUCUGCUGCUUUACUUUUGCCAAUAACAGCGAGAUUAGGCGAAUUUCUACCUAAAUUGAGCCUAAACCAAAACCAUUCCUAAACCUAACCUGUCAGAGGGCGUCGUGGAGCACGACUUAACUUGAAAAUGCGUAGUGGACACACGCGAUAGUGGGUUCAAAUCAGCGUGUCAUAGAUACGCCUAUGCAUGAUGACAUGUUGCGUUUGUAAGGGUUUAAAUGCUGCAUAAUCAGUUACCAUCUCAAGUUCACCGUCUAUGUAUCUUGUCAUUGCCCUCCUUUUUAUGUUUUUUUUUUUCAAUGUAUCUCAAACAAGCAUCUCUAUAUAAUAUGAAUGUUUUCAUGUGUGAUAUACUAAAUACCUGCUUUUCUGUGAACUCUUGUAAGUGCCUCUGCUGACCAGACAGUGUUCUUACCCUUCCUCCUUCAGACUUUGUUAUGCUUGCUUGUGAAUUUUAAAAUCAUAGAAUUAACAUGGAUGAUGGCGUGUACUGUACUUAUAGCAAAGACACAUUUUUUUCUUUUUAAAAAAAUAUAUAUAUUUACUGGUCAUGACUGAUUCUAAGUAUACCAAAUAUCAUGUCUCUGUAGGAAAAUCAUUUGGGUUCCGCUGUCUGAGGUUAUAUUUUUCAGUAAAUUAUUAAUAAUGAACUAUGAAUAUAUUUUUAAGAUUUAUUUUUUAUAUAUACUUCACACACAGCUGGGUGUUUGUAUUGGCCAAGGUCUUUAUAUUGCUGUUCUCCGCUGUGCAUAAAGGUCUUCUGCACUCCUCUACAGAGAAUUGACUUCAGUUGUGCCAUGUAUGUCUUCAUUUGGUCUGUCUGUAUUUUUUGCAUUUAAAGUUUCAUGUAAUGCUAAUAGACAAAGGUGCAUUACGAGAUGUUCUGAUUGUUUUGGAGAUAAGGACAAUGUUGUAAUUACAAUCAUAGCCGAUUAUAUCAAGAUAAAGCGGAAAUCGAAAAUAAGACAUGGAAUCUAGAUACCUUUUGGGUGAGUCUCAGACAAACAACUGAAGUCCAGUAUGGAACAAGUAUGCCUUUUUGUAUCUGUUUCAAUUACAGUUAUUGGUCUGGCUUUUAUUAUGUAUGUCCAUGUAUGUAGUGUAUGAAUAAACAUAAUUUUAUGACUAUC